UACGAGUAACCGCCGACAGUAACGAUGAGUUUGCCAAACGGUGUGGACAUGACCGCUGCCCUCAUGUCGCAGCAUCCCGCUCUCGGAGGACUGUCUCCCGCGUUCUUCUUGCAACGAGCGUCCGAGCGGUACCAGCGGACUCCCAAAUGUGCCCGGUGCAGGAACCACGGGGUCGUGUCGGCCCUGAAGGGACAUAAACGCUACUGUCGUUGGAGAGAUUGUGCCUGCGCAAAAUGUACUUUGAUAGCAGAAAGACAGAGAGUGAUGGCCGCCCAAGUAGCUCUACGACGGCAACAGGCUCAAGAGGAAAAUGAGGCCAGGGAACUAGGAUUGAUAUACCCACCACCAUCGUCGUCAUCUUCGGCUGCUGCUAGAUCAAGUCCAGACGAAAAAAGAGCGCGCCUCAGUUCGGAAGAAUCCAUUAAUGCAAAACACGACCAAACGAUCGGCACACAAGAUCAAAGCACACGAAGCCGCUCGUCCAGCGUGUCGCCGAACGCUCCGACCCAAGUAACGUCCACACAAUUUGCCGCCAAAUUCAACAGUCCGACGAGAUCGGAGGUGGAGAGCAACGAGAGCAGCAACGAAGCUGCCCCGGAAAAUCUUUCGCUGCCCAAACGGAGAGACUCGAGUUCGCCGACCGAACCCGACCGUUCCCGGCUGCCGUCGAACUAUCCAAAUUUCUCCAGUUUCCUGGAAACGAGCGCCGCGGCCGCCGCAGCCGCAGCCGCCGGUGUCAACUCCGCCGGGCGGUCGGCCGUCGAUGUGCUCAGGCGCGUUUUUCCGUACAAGAGACGAGUGGACAUCGAGAACGUGCUGCAGAGGUGCAACGGCGACGUGUUGCACGCAAUCGAACUCAUGAUGUGUUCGUCGGAUCAGCUGCCAACUAUGGGACAUCCAUCGCUCAUGGACUCGCACUCGGCGUUCUCGCCCAUGUCCGCGGCCGCGGCCACGGUGUGCACGGCCGCGGCCGCGAUGACGUCGUUCCAUCACCACCACCACCAGCAGCAGCAGCAACAGCAGCAGCAGCAGCAGCAACAGCAGCAGGCACCGCGAUUUCUCACCGCGCCGAUUCACCACUAUCUGCAGCCGCAGCUGCAUCACCUCACCUCCGUUCACCCGCACGCCAUGACCUACCAGUCGCACCACCUGAACCAGGCCGCGACGUCACCGCGGUCACCGUCGCCCGGUUCCGACAAGACGUCGUACUCGGAUUGAUGGAAACGCACCGCAGCGCACCCAUCCGCACCCAUCCGCGCACAGCCAUUCAUCCAUCCAUAUAUCCAUCCGACCACCCAUCCAUCGAACGUGACCAAUGCGUAGAGCAACGAUAUGACAACUAUUAUACAGGCCUGUAUGUUUUUUUGAUCGAAAAAAAAAUUAAUUAUACUUUGAGGGUGAAUAUAAUAUGAGGGGGGAGCCUCGGGGAAUUGACCUCUUCCCCCCUCCCUCUGCUGCUGCUCAUCCUCCUUCGACCUCAUGAGUGCGUACACAACGUCGUGAUUAGACGCAUACAAUAUGCGGAUUAUUUGUCAUUUUAUCGUUUUAUUUGAUUCAACGAUAUUUAUGUAUUUGUGGAAUAACAAAGUUGUUUAACAUCGGACGGCGCAAGUGUAUAUAGACGGCGUAAUAAACGACUAACUAGGGGGUGAACGCGAGCGAUUAUGCCGAGUUGUUCGAGUAUAUCGCGUAAAAAACAAUUAUACGAUUUCUGAAUUUCAACACGUGCGGAUCUUCCUCGAGUACCUACUUUUAUAUAUUAUGUAUAAUAUAUUACAGUACCUACGUAAUUAUAUUUCGUUUCGUAAGAUACAUUUUCUAACAAAAGUUAUUACAUUUUUAUAAUAAUUAUGUGUACCUAUACUGCACUGCAUAUUUACAUAUUAUAGGUGCGAUUGCUUUAAGAAAAUCGUUUUUAGAAUUUUAGUGUAAUCAUAUACAAUGUAAAGAGAAAAAAAUCAGCUGAAUGAUUGUAUGUAAAUAUUAGAGAACAAGUUAUAGCGUUGUUGAAUUGAAAUGUAUUUGAAUAAUUUAAAAUGUUCGCCAUCAACUCUUUAUAAGAUAAUUCUUUCGAAUAAUUAUUAUUAAAUAUAUUAUAACUAUAUAUACCUAAUAUAAAAUAUAAUAAUAUGUACAGUAAUAUUAUUUCAUAUUAUACCUAAUAUGCUAUACACAUACACGCGCUUGCAGUUCAUUUUUAAACUCCAUAUUGUUUGUGUAUUGUGUGUAAAACAUGUAACUAUACGUACAGCAUUAUUUAAUAUCAAUGCACAAAGUAUUGAUAUAUUAUGUCAUCUGUAAAUAAUAACAAUGAUAUAAAACUCAAUAUAAUUAAUAAUAUUAUAUGUAUACAUUUCAUAUUAUUUUAAGCGCCUAUUAUUAUUAUAAAUGUGUUCGGAAUUUAGCCGUAGCACUUUAACAUAUUAUUAUUAUUAUUAUGUAUUAUUAUUAUAGGAUUCUACUAUUUCUACGUUAUUUUUUUUUUAUUUAACGAAUACAAAUGUUUGCUUAUACUGUGUCUAAAAACUGUUUUGAAAUUUAAAUAAAAUGUAGUAUUGACUA